AGAUGGCGUCCACCACUAAGGAAGUUGUUGAUGUCCUGAGCCACCAUGUCCAAAAGGCCGUCUGUGACACACGGGCCAAGUAUCGGGAGGGGCGCCGGCCUCGCGCAGUCAAGGUAUAUACAAUCAAUCUGGAAUCCCGAUACUUAUUAAUACAAGGAGUGCCUGCAGUGGGAGCAAUGAAGGAAUUGGUUGAAAGAUUUGCUCUGUAUGGUGCAAUUGAACAGUAUAACGCUCUAGAUGAGUAUCCAGCAGAAGACUUUACAGAAGUUUACCUUAUUAAAUUUGUGAAUUUGCAAAGUGCAAGGGCAGCCAAAAGAAAAAUGGAUGAACAGAGUUUCUUUGGUGGAUUGCUUCAUGUAUGCUAUGCUCCAGAAUUUGAGACAGUGGAAGAAACUCGAAAAAAAUUAAGAGAGAGGAAGUCAUAUAUUGCAAGAGUUACCGAAAAUAAAGAUUAUUAUGUGACAAGGAAGAAACUGGUUACAGAGCUUAAAGACACAAGAGUUUCUACACAGGACUUACUAGCAGACAUAUCUGGAUCUCGUGCAGCAACUUCAAACGUUUCUGGGAACUCAACUCCUUGCUUUCCAUAUUCUUGUGAACUGCCUUUAUGUUACUUCUCUUCAAAGUGCAAGUGUUCAACAACGGAGCAUAUGAACCGAGCACCGGAGUCCUCCCAGGACGGUGGAAAGUGUGGUAGGUCAGUGGCACCUUGUAAUCACAUUGACUCUGUGCAGAGAAUGCAGAAGAAACCCUGUGCCAUGUCAGUGGCCUGUCUGAGUUCACAGAAGGAUGCUGCUCCUCCCUCAGAGGCAGUGGGCAGGUUUAUGCCUAGGACCACACAACUGCAGGAGCGGAAAAGGAGAAGGGAAGAUGAUCGCAGACUUGGAGCUUAUUUUGAAACUAGCACUGAUAGUAAUGAGGUUAUGAUUGGACCCCAAUUACCGACUAUCCCUAAAGUGGAUCUUCAUGACGACUCAUUGAAUACAACAGCAAAUUUAAUUCGAAAUAAAUUGAAAAAGGUCAUUUCAACCAUGUCAAAUCCUCCAGAGGACAAGCUGAAAGAUGUGCAUUUAAAUCAUCCACCGAAACAAAGAAGAAGAAUAUAGAUUAUCAACAGCAAGUUCAUAUUUUCUAAGGAGCCAUUUAUUUUUAUUAGCCUAUUAUUAUAAUUCUUGUAGGCUUAAAGCUAUCAUUUUCUAAUGUACUCCACUUUGUACUUUUAUUCAAACUAUUUAUCUAAUACAGUUUAAGAUUAGUGUUAAUUAUGUUUUACUUGAUCCACACUUAAAUUUAUCAGAACUUUACCACCUCUCAUGUUACAAUAACAAUAUGUAACUUAACUGUAGCAAAAAAGGAAACUUUGU